AUGGAGACUGAAAUGAGUUUUUCUCAAUUGGCUCCUCCAGUCUUUGAUGGUGAAAAUUACCAACUGUGGGCAGUGAGAAUGGAGACUUACUUGGAGGCUUUAGAUCUUUGGGAGGCCAUGGAAGAGGAUUAUGAUGUUCUUCCGCUGCCUAACAAUCCCACGGUGGCCCAGAUCAAGAGUCACAAGGAAAAGAAAAUCAGAAAAUCAAAGGCGAAAGCAACUGUGUUUGCUGGUGUGUCUGCAACAAUUUUCACGAGAGUUAUGGCUCUCAAAUCAGCAAAAGAAAUAUGGGAUUAUCUCAAGGGAGAAUAUACAGGAGAUGAAAAAAUUCGAGGCAUGAAGGUGCUGAAUUUAAUAAGGGAAUUCGAGUUGCAGAAAAUAAAAGAAUCUGAGACCGUCAAAGAAUACUCAGAUUGGUUGCUUGGCAUUGUUAACAAGGUAAGGUUGCUUGGCACUAAAUUUAGAGAUUCAAGAAUUGUUGAAAAAAUUCUUGUUACGGUGCCUGAAAAAUAUGAAGUAUCCAUAACUACCUUAAAAGGAUCUAUCCAAGAUUACCUUGGCAGAAUUGUUAAAUACAUUGCAGGCAUAAGAGCAAAGGAGGCUUAUGAGGCAAGAUGGUAUGGUUGA